AUGGAUUCUAAUCCGUAUGUGAAUAUAAAUUUUGUUGAUCUUCUUCAAAGUCAACAAGAUACUUAUUCUAUUCCUUUUCUUACCACUCAAGCUACCGAAGGUAUAAACUUCCAACAAGAAACUCCUUCAGAGUGCAAGAAACGAAGGACUUGGUCGCCUACAGAUGAUGUAGUCCUCAUCAGCUCGUGGUUAAAUAGGAGCAAAGAUCCCCUUGUCGGGAAUGAGCAAAGGUCCAUAGCUUUCUGGAAGAGAAUAGCAACAUAUUUUGCGGCCAGUCCUAAGCUUACUGGCUCUGAAAAAAGAGAGCCAUCUCACUGCAAGCAAAGGUGGCACAUGAUCAAUGACUUAGUGUCAAAGUUUUGUGGAGCAUACGAGGCAGCAACCAGAGAGAAGAGUAGUGGACAAAAUGAAAAUGACGUUCUCAAACUUGCCCACGAAAUAUUCUUCACCAACUAUAAGAAAAAGUUCACCCUUGAACACGCUUGGAAGAAGUUGAGAAAUGACCAGAAGUGGUGUGACCUUUCCAUGGCCAAAACUGAUGGCAACUCGAAGAAGAGGAAGUGUGACGAACGCUCACAGUCAGCAAGCUCACAGGCUAAUGAAAUCGGUAGUGCUGUUAAUGAGGAGGGAGGUAACCGUCCCCCAGGUGUUAAGUCUGCAAAAACCCGUGGUAAGAAGACCAUGGGUGAGGGGAAGGAGCUCUCUCAAUUUCAGACAAUGUGGAGCAUCAAGAAGCAGGAUUUGGUCAUGAAGGAAAGACUGUCAAAGAUGAAGUUGCUUGACAGUCUCAUUGCAAAACAAGAACCGCUUCUAGAUUACGAAGAAGCUCUAAAAAAGGCUCAUUAA